UUCUUUUAAGGGCACUCGCUUCUCCGGUCACGUGGUAUGACAGAUAGGCCAGCCAUCUUCCUUAAAACACAAACAACGAGAGCGUACUAGACAUCAACACGCAGCGACCAUUGGCGAGAGGGAGAGAGCAAAAAACAGUGAAACACGAUUCUCGAGGUGGAACACACAACACAAACAACUGCACAUGCAUCCAAAGUGAAAUCGUAGCGUUUAAAGGGGCGACUGGACAGUAAAAAUUGCAUCGACAGCUCCAGAAAUACGAUAAAGGAGGGAGAGGAAUUGUUGAAGUUAGGAGGGGGUCACCAGCUGGGACCUGGUCCACACAGCAUUGCCAGUACAAUAGGAAUAUAACAGAAACACACACAAAGACAUAAGCUUUUUGGGCGUUAUUACUGCUUCUGGCAGCUGUAUUAUCAACAAAUAGUUUAGUUUUGCGUUUCAAUGUUUCAUGCAGUAAAUCUACCUUAGUCGGUAUCAAUUCUGCAGUUAUUGCAUUCAAACAGGUAUUACAAAUUUUAAGGGUUUUCAUUUUUCUUUGGUUUCUGUUUGUUUUUAUCUGUAUAUUGGCUGUGAACAGUAGAGCUCUUAACCCCAAUCAGACCUUUAGGAGUUUUUGCUCUCCUGCGCACACACCUUUAAUAAGGUGUAUCCCUAUUACUCCCUAAUAUCCCUACUCAAUCAGAUUAACUUUGAAAUACACAUUUAUACACACAACAAACGCACAUACGUACAUACACACGUGUUGGCCUUCUCUUCUGAACCUGGUCCAGCUUCGUCUUGCCUGCGCCACUCCUCUGGACAGGAUUUUCACCUUGGAGAAGGAAGGAAGAAUAUGACUGCUGAAACACUUAACUUUGGCCCAGAAUGGCUCCGUGCACUUUCCAGUGGAGGCAGUGUGUCUUCCCCUCCUGCCUCUCCUGCUAUGCCAAAGUACAAGCUGGCCGAGUACCGUUAUGGCAGAGAGGAGAUGCUAGCACUUUAUGUCCAAGACAACAAGGUUCCUGAAGAAAUGCAGGAUAAGGAGUUUGCUGUUAUUCUGCAGGAUGAGCCUCAGCAGCCGCUGGCACUGUUGCCUCUCACUGAAGAGGAGCAGAGGAACUUUUCCUUGUCUGUCAACAGUGUGGCUGUGCUGAGGCUUAUGGGUAAAGGGGGCGGGGCCGUCCCAGCUGGGGUGAACCGAGGUCGAGGCACCGCGCGAGGUGGCCGUGGCCGAGGAAGGGGAGAGGGCAUGUUCUACCAAAGAAGCAGUGAGGAAGUAGAAGGUGGCUUUGGUCGGAGUGUUCGAGAGAUCCAUCGUAGCCAGAGCUGGGACGACAGAGGCGAAAGACGCUUUGAGAAACCCUUGCGGAGAGAUGGGGUGCGGCUAGGUUUCGAGGAGUCUGGUUUGGUUGGGCGAAAAGAGUUCAUGCGCUCUGACAGUGACAAUUGGCGCACCUUGAGAGAGGAACAGGAGGAGGAUGACACGGGAGAGACCGGAAGCAGCUGGAGACUCACUGGUUCACGAAGAGAUGAUGGUGGUCCUCGCUCAGCUGGGUGGAGAGAACACGUCGGUCCCGGUGAAGUUCGCCGUAGGAAGUUUGACUUUGACUUCCGGGAUGGAGGAAAUGAGGGAGGAAGAAGAAGAACAGGAAGUGAAGGGGCAGAGGAUGAAAGGGAUGGUUUGCCAGAGUGGUGCACAGAUGAAGAAGACGGUGAAAUGGGAACCUUUGAUUCUUCUGGAGCGUUUAUGUCUUUUAAGAAAGGCCCAAAAGACCCCAUUCCAGAAGAGGACUUUGAGUUCCUGGGUUUGGAGGAUGAGGAAGAGAAUGAUACUAAUCCAGAGAAGAGUAACGGCAGUGAAGCAGAAAAAAGUGAGAAAGAUGUGAUGAACUCUGCUCUUUUUUCUGAAACCGAAGUGAAGCCUGUUUCUCCCUCCCCUCCUCCAUCCAUCUCUCUUCCUCUGUCUGCUCCUGACACUGAGGCUGUGCUCUCUGCUGCCCCCUGUGGCGUUGAGGAGCCUCACCCUACCCCCUCAAUUCCCAACAAACUACCAAGUGAAGUAUUAUCAGAGGCCCUGUUAAUUUUGAGCCCCAGUGCCUCCUCCAGUCUGCCUUCAUCGCCUCCCUCCUCUUCCUCUGCUGCUACUGACCUCCCACCACUGGGGGGCGACAUUGAGGAUGAUGAGGGCAUGAAGCAUCUGCAACAGGAGGCAGAGAAGAUGGUGGCAGCGCUCCAGGACACAUCUCUAGAGGAAGAGUGUUUUACACAGACUCUUCAGGAGAGCAGAAACACGGCCUCUGCUCUUCCUCUCUCCCACGACUCUGCCAUGAAAUGGUUUUACAAAGACCCGCAAGGAGAGAUUCAGGGUCCAUUUAGUACGGUGGAGAUGUGCGAAUGGUUUCAGGCGGGAUAUUUCACAAUGAACCUGCUUGUUAAACGAGGUUGCGAUGAGGGCUUUCAGCCUCUGGGGGAAGUCAUUAAGAUGUGGGGGCGUGUGCCUUUUGCCCCUGGCCCCUCCCCUCCGCCCCUCCUGGUGAGGAAUCGACCCCUCCUUCACCCUCAACCACCCAAGGGGGAAAUUGGUAAUAUGGAUCAGGACCGGCUGAAAAAGCAGCAGGAGUUAGCUGCUGCCACAGCCCUUUACCAGCAACUCCAGCAACAGCAGCUGUUCCAGCUCUUUAACAGAGAGCAGGGUAUGAUGCCUUCAAUGAACAGGUCGAUGUCAGUGCCAGAUACAGGGUCCAUGUGGGACAUGCAUACCUCAGCUUCACAGCCAUCAGGCGGUGAGGCCAGUCUAUGGGACUUAAUGAAUUCUUCAUCUCAGGGUCCAAUUCUAGAACAGCUUCAGAAGCUACAUGAAAGAAGAGAAGCUGAACUCAGGGCCAAGCGUGAGGAAGAGGAGCGGAAACGAAGGGAUGAAAAGAGAAGAGAGGAGCAGAAAAGGAGAGAGGAGGAGGAUCUUUAUAGGCGCAAGCAGCAGGAAUUGCUGAUGAAGUUGCUCCAGCAGGCUCCGCGUCCGGGGUCCUCUGGUUCCGGCUCAGGCUGGAACGGUGGACCCCUCCCUGGGCUGGGGAAACAGAGCAAGCCCCUCAACCUCCUGGAGGCCCAACAGGAGGCUGAGAGAAUGCACAAACAACAGCACAGAGUCCAGCAACAGCAGCGGUGGGGUGAUGCAUCUGUGAUGUGGGGAGCUGGAUCUUUGGACGGAAAAGUUGGCGGUGGCAGCACUUCAGGAGGUGGAAUGGGUAUCUGGGAUGAGGCUCUUAAGAACCAGAGUGCUCUGCGCAGCAACAUUGGGCUGAAGAACAGCCGAAGCAGUCCCUCGCUGAGUGAGCAGUACAUGAUGAGAGGCCGCAAACGCACUGAGGAAGAGGAGCGGCUGUUGAAACUCCUGCAGGGGAUGAAGUCUCAAGAUGGAUUCACCACCUGGUGUGAACAGAUGCUGCAUGCACUCAACACCUCUGCCAAUAACUCCUCCUCCUCCCAGGAUGUGCCCACCAUUGUGGCGUACCUGAAGGAGGUGGAGUCUCCGUACGAGGUGUUGAACUUUAUCUGCUCCUACCUGGGCGACACAGUCGAAGCCAAAGAGUUCGCCAGGCAGUUCCUGGAGCGCCGUGCCAAACAGAAGGCUAACCACCAGAGACAGCAGCAGCAGCUCUCUAAAGAGAUGGCUGGACUUACCAUGAACAACUUUCCGCUGCAGGAUACUGUACGAGGAAUGAACCCCAGUGCCCUGCAGUCUAUGUUUCAGGCAGUGCAUUCUGGGAAAGGGGGCGUGUAUGAUCAGGCAGCAAAGCUGAAGAAAAAGCAGCCCAUGAUGCUGCACUCUGACCCAAGCAUCUUAGGGUACUCGUUCCAUGGUGCCCCUGAUCGGUAUGGUCUAAACGAGAUGGAAAUGGUCGAGGAUUACUGAAUCCACAGCAAUAGCUACAAGAGGCCUUUAAACCUGCGGGUCCACCUAAUCAGACUCCGCAAGUCGAAUGUGCACUGCUUUGAGGGGAUUGGGGGGUGGGGGGGUUGUAAGCCAGGAGUAUAUCAGUUUUCCGGUUGGGCGGGGGGUGUUUUAGAAGAAUGUAAUUCAACAGGGAAGGGAACAGGUGUGAAUUUAUUUUUGUGUGUGUGUUGAGGGACGGGGAUGUUAAACUUCUGGCACUUACAGCAUUAAGCACCUUACACUCAGACUAAUGCACUUUAUUAAGAUGUAAUUUGAAUUGUUUUUUUUUCUUUUGAGAAGAUUUACAUGUAUAUUUGUGGUAUGGAUUCAGAAAUAUUACCACAUAUAUAUACUGUGCGUGUGUGUGCGUGUGUGCGCGUGUGUGCGCGCGUGUUGAAUCAGAACUGGAGUUUGUACUGGGAUGUGACUGUGGCGACUGGGGGACCAUUGAGUGUUUCAAUUCAGACAUUAUCAAAAAACAAACACUGUUGUUUUGUUUUAUAUAUAAAUAUAUAUAUAUAAAGUUUCUACAAAAAACAAAGCUAUAAAAAAACUUGGAUUAUAAAACUUGAAGAUUUGCACUCACAUAAAAUGCAAGUUAAAAAGAUAAAAAAAAAGAAAUGCGCUAGAUAUUAUAGAGAGAAAUAUUUUUGAUUGUGUGCCUGCGUACAUGUGUACGACUGAAUGAGUGUGUGCGCGCGUUUGAAACAUACCAGUCUGCACAAUGUAUUUUUUUAAUUGCUUAGAUGUAUGAUCAAAACAGGCCAUUUUGUCAUUCGGAGUGAUUUUUUUCGUAUUUUAUAUACCGAAUGUGUGGAUGUGAACUCUUCUAGACGGGGAACUGUGCAUAUUACUCCUCUUGUGAAUGUGCUGUAUGUUUGUAUGUGCGCGAAUGAAUGAAAGGCAGAGAGAGGGGGCAACGGCACAACACAUCCUCUUUCACCAGCCCUUCAUUCCCCAACAAAGAAAAACCUCUAGAUUCAAACACAAAAGCUUUAGCCCAUUUUAUGCCAACCAGCACUCUUAUUUUUCACGGUGGGGAGUGUGUCCCUGCCGUCUCAUCGUUGCCUCUGUGAGGUUUAAGAACAUGUCAUUAGCAGCAUUUUGUGUGUUGUUUGAUUUUCUGUACCUUUAGGAUCUAAUAACUUGCGGUACAUACAAUGUGUGUGAGUGUGCGUGUUGUUUUUUCUGUCCCCACAUGUGUGCCUAAGAACUAAAGGGCGAAUGAUUAGACUUCAUUGCUGCCAUCUAGACAUUAUUUGUUAAUGGGGGGGUUAUGCGUGUGGCUCCGCCUCCACACACCUCUCAUGCUUGUGAACCAAGAGCCUAGCGCGCUGCGCUUCAUUAUCUGUACAGUUCUAGUGUAGCCUGGGGAUGUUUUGAUGAAACAAAUAUAUGAUAGGAAGGAUGUGACCUAACAUUGCCUUUCUGUCCACUCUCUUGCUCUCGAGUGACUGAGGUUCUAUUUCUGGCUGAAAAAAAUGAUCGCAUCAAACUGUGCAAGUGCACUCGGUAGUGCACAAAAUGUUUAUAUAUUUUGUUACUUGUUCAUUAUUGUUGUCGAUGACAAUGAUGGUAAUUGUUUUUUAUUGUUCUAUAUAUAUAAAUAUGAAUAUAAACAAAGUUAAAAGUAUUGGACUACAAGGAAGAGCA